AUGGAUAACGACGGUAUCAAGUAUGAUGAGGAAUAUGUAUUGAAUGCACGAGGAAUUAAUCUCUUCACAUGCCAAUGGAGACCUUUGAACUCUGAACCGAAAGCCCUGAUCUUUCUAUGCCAUGGAUAUGCCAUGGAAUGCAGUAUUUCAAUGAGAGGCACCGGUACAAGGUUGGCGCAGGCUGGAUUCGUUGUGCAUGGAAUGGACUAUGAAGGCCAUGGAAAGUCUUCUGGACUUCAAGGAUAUAUUAGUAGUUUUGAUGACAUUGUGGUUGAUUGCUCUGAGUACUUUGCAAGUGUCUGUGAGAAAGAAGAGUAUAAGAAACAAAAGAGAUUCUUGCUUGGAGAAUCCAUGGGGGGAGCAAUUGUGCUUAUGCUUCACAGAAAGGAACCUACCUUUUGGGAUGGGGCCAUUUUGGUUGCUCCGAUGUGCAAGAUAGUAGAAGAUAUGAAGCCUCACCCCAUUGUGAUUUCAAUUUUAAGUAAGCUCAGCAAUGUGAUCCCUACAUGGAGAAUCAUUCCUAAUGAAGAUAUCAUAGAUAGGGCAAUUAAAAGCGAGGAGUGGCGUGAAGAGGUAAGAAAUAAUCAUUAUUGCUACAAAGGAAAGCCUAGGCUAAAGACUGGUUAUGAAAUUUUCAUGGCAAGCUUGGAUAUUGAAAGCAAUCUUGAUAAGGUUACUCUACCAUUCAUCAUAGUCCAUGGUGGUGAUGAUGCUGUAACUGAACCCACAGUAAGUGAGGCUCUAUAUACAUUAGCGGAAAGCAAGGACAAGACAUUGAAGUUAUACCCUGGGAUGUGCCAUGCUUUGACUUCAGGAGAACCCAAGGAGAACAUUGAUAUUGUGUUUGCAGACAUCAUCAAAUGGUUGAAUGAGAGGGCGGCACAGCGGCAGCGGCAGGGCUACGUGCCGGAUUUCGAGUUGCUGGUCCGGGACUACGACGACUACUUCUCCUCCGUGGUGCGGCGGUCGCAGUCGCAGUCAAAGGACAGCGACAGCAAGCGGUUCCUGCUCGGGGAGUCCAUGGGCGGCGCCGUGGCUCUCCUCCUCCACCUGAGGCGGCCCGAGUUCUGGAGCGGCGCCGUGCUGGUGGCGCCCAUGUGCAAGGUCGCCGACGACAUGCGGCCGCACCCGCUGGUGGUGAACAUCCUCGGGCCAUGA